CGCCAAAGCUCCUACUUUAACCAAACUUGUUUAAAACUCAACGCUAGUUAUUUGGCGGUAUUUGUUGUGUACUUGUCUGAUACGCUACUUUUAAAAUAUUAUUGAUUAUUCCUACUUUAAAUAAAUUACAAUUAUAAAAACUAAAACUAUACCAUGGAAGGAUUUGACGACGCCGGUGUUUUCUACAGUGAUAACUUCACUGGAGACACAAACGUGAACGAUAAUCACAUUAAUUUGCAAGCAGUGAAGAAAAAGUUCAAAGAAUUCAUUCGUCAAUUUCAUGGGGAUAAUUUCAACUACAAAUAUCGUGAUGCUCUCAAAAGAAACUACACUUUGCAUCAAUACUACCUUGAAGUUAACAUUGAAGAUCUGGCCAGUUUUGAUGAAACUCUGGCUGAGAAAAUUAAUAAACUACCCACUGAACAUUUAGUUAUCUUUGAGGAGGCUGCCAAGGAGAUUGCUGAUGAACUGACUGCUCCAAGACCAGCAGGAGAAGAAAAGAUUCAGGAUAUUCAGAUUAUGCUCAAUUCAAAUGGCAGUGCUGCUAAUUUAAGAGCAAUGACUUCUGAUGUAGUUUCGAAACUGGUUAAAAUUCCUGGCAUCAUCAUCAGCGCAUCGGGUAUUCGUGCGAAAGCAACCAAAAUCGCAAUUCAAUGUCGUUCCUGCAGCAAUGUCAUCUCCAAUCUGCCGAUUAAAGCAGGUCUUGAAGGAUAUGUCAUGCCGCGAAAGUGUAACACGGAGCAAGCAGGAAGACCAAAAUGCCCCAUCGAUCCAUACUUCAUCAUCCCAGAUAAGUGCCACUGCGUCGACUUCCAAGUACUCAAACUCCAAGAAUUACCCGAUGGUAUUCCUCAGGGUGAGAUUCCACGUCAUUUAACGCUCUACUGUGAUCGUUAUUUGUGCGAAAAGGUCGUUCCGGGCAACCGUGUGUUCAUCCUCGGCAUCUACUCGAUUAAAAAAGUUGGAAAGCCUUCACGAAUGGAUCAUCGUGAGAAAGCCAUAACAGGCGUACGCGCUCCUUAUAUGCGUGUGGUUGGUAUCCAAAUCGAUAGUGAAGGCUUGGGUGGAGGUGGUGUUUCGGUAGUUACUUCUGAAGAGGAAGAUUUAUUCAGAAGAAUGGCAUCUUCACCGAAUAUUUAUGAGCGUUUAGCGCAGAGUAUUGCGCCUUCCAUUUUCGGCGCGUUGGAUAUCAAGAAAUCAAUCGCUUGUCUUUUAAUUGGAGGAUCCCGAAAGAAGCUUCCGGAUGGUUUAACCCGUAGGGGUGAUAUCAAUGUGCUACUUUUGGGUGAUCCUGGUACAGCCAAGUCGCAAUUGUUGAAGUUCGUGGAAAGAGUUGCGCCGAUUUCUGUUUAUACUUCGGGUAAAGGCAGUUCUGCUGCUGGUUUAACAGCAUCUGUCAUGAGAGAUCCUUCAUCGAGAAACUUCAUAAUGGAAGGAGGUGCGAUGGUUCUAGCUGAUGGCGGAGUUGUCUGCAUCGAUGAAUUCGAUAAAAUGCGUGAAGAUGAUCGUGUUGCCAUCCACGAAGCCAUGGAACAACAAACAAUCUCUAUUGCCAAAGCCGGAAUCACCACAACUUUAAACUCUCGUUGUUCUGUACUCGCUGCAGCUAACAGUAUCUUCGGCCGUUGGGAUGAAACCAAAGGCGAAGAAAACAUUGAUUUCCUCCCAACAAUUCUCUCACGUUUUGAUAUGAUUUUCAUCGUCAAAGAUGAACAUGACGCUCAACGCGAUAAAACCCUAGCUCGACACAUUAUGGGCGUACACAUGAACUCAAACCAAGGCACAAACGAACCGAAAGAAGGCGAGUUGUCUAUUGACCUCAUCAAGAAAUUCAUCAACUACUGCCGUACACGUUGUGGACCUCGUCUCAACGCCGAAGCCGGCGAUAAACUCAAACGCAAAUACGUUAUGAUGCGUAACAAGACUUUACAACACGAACAAAAGAAACAUUCUAUUCCGAUCACUGUAAGACAACUUGAGGCUGUCAUACGUAUAGCUGAGAGUCUUGCAAAGAUGCAACUGUUACCUUUUGCUACCGAGACGCAUAUCGAUGAAGCAUUAAGAUUGUUCCAAGUGUCUACUCUGGAUGCAGCCAUGAGUGGUAGUUUAUCAGGCGUAGAAGGAUUUACCACUGAAGAAGAACAUGAAACACUCGCGAGGAUUGAAAAGCAGUUGAAACAGCGCUUUGCAAUGGGCACACAGAUCUCACAACAGACUGUGCUGCAAGAUUUCGCUAAACAACAGUAUCCAGAGCGGGCUGUGCUUAAAGUUAUUCAUACUAUGAUCAGGCGAGGAGAACUCCAGCAUCGCAUGCAGCGCAAGAUGUUGUACCGUCUUAGUUAGACCAUUUUGAAACAUUGUAAUCUCUUGUAAGCCACUUUUUUUUUAUUAAUAUAUUCAACGAUUUUUUGCAUAAUUCA